UGAACAAUGAAUCAAACUUUCCCUUUCUUUCUUUUAUUAUCAAUAGUCUAGAACCAAUUAGUUCUCGACUAUGGAGAUUUAUAUUUCAAUUUGGUAAAGUUGGACACCCACAAUAUCAAGUGAUGCAGUCUCUAAAUCUCAAGUUUCAGUAUAAAUUCACAGCAGAGUCAUGCCAGUAAUUCCAUGCCCUUGAAUCUUGAUCAACUAACUAGCAUAAAUAUUAGAGAUUAAAAUUAUCCAAAACAUACAAAUUUCACUAAAUGGCUUCAAAAGGAAUUGAGACCGGCCUGACUCUAGCCGUGGUGCUCAUGCUCAUGCAAUGGAACGGAGUCAGAGCACAAUCAGGCUGCACAACUGCACUAGUGAGCUUGUCCCCGUGUCUAAAUUAUGUUACUGGAAACACAACAACGCCAUCAUCGUCGUGUUGCUCUCAGCUAUCAAGGGUCGUGGCAUCACAGCCAAGGUGUCUUUGCUCCGUGCUAAAUGGUGGUGACUCCUCUUUUGGUGUUUCUAUUAACCAAACUCUUGCUGUUGCACUUCCUAGUGCAUGCAAUGUGCAAACUCCUCCCGUUAGCCGCUGCAAUGCUGGAGCAAAUGGACCAGCAGCUGAUAGUCCUCCAGCGGACUCUUCUAAAGAAUCACCAGAUGGGAAAUCUGAACCAGACAUUCCUUCAGGUACAGGGUCGAAGACUACUGGUGGGAAUACAUCUAGUGGAAGCGCUGUGGAACUGCCGUUUCAUAUCGCAGCUACUUCGAUUUUCAUUGUUGCAUUCGGUGCUUUUGCAUCAACUUUCCUCUAGAUUCAUAAAUUGUUUGGGAGUUUUGAACAUUCUAUGUUGUUUUCCACGUGUGAUGAUUUUUGAUUUUGUCCUAUUUGCCCAAAUUAAAGUUGUAGUACCAGCGUGCCAUGUAUAAGUGCAUGCCUUGUAUUGUGUCUACACUUACUAUGAGUUAUUCAUUGAAGUCUUGGGUAGUCAAUAUAUUCUAGCUCAUUGUCAUACUCUAAAUGCUCAUUUUCGGUCUAUUUA